CGCAGGCAGCGAAACAGGAGAGGAGCCGAGCGCCCUCCACCCAAGGCGCCCUCCCUCCGUCCGCGCACAGGCGCCGUCGCUUGGCGGAGCAAGGUGCCUCCCAGCCCGCAAGGGCGCAGUGCACCAGUCCGUAGGCUCUUUUAGUGGCUUUGCCCGGGGACGGCACCUGGAGGCGGCCCCGGACGGGGAUGGUCAGGGGCUGCCGUCGUCUGGCUCUCAAGCGGGACGCGGUGAGGGCACCAUGGCGUUGAUGGCCAGGUGGGGGUCCUCAGCUGGGCUGGUCCGGCCGGAGCUCUGGCUACUGCUGUGGGCAGCCGCGUGGCGCCUGGGUGCCACGGGGUGCCCCGCCCUCUGCACCUGCACGGGCACCACGGUGGACUGCCACGGCACCGGGCUGCAGGCCAUCCCCAAGAACAUCCCACGGAACACCGAGCGGCUGGAGCUCAAUGGCAACAACAUCUCCCGGAUCCAUAAGAAUGACUUUGCGGGGCUGAAGCAGCUGCGAGUGCUGCAGCUGAUGGAGAAUCAGAUUGGAGCAGUGGAACGAGGGGCCUUCGAUGACAUGAAGGAACUGGAGCGACUGCGACUGAACCGGAACCAGCUGCAUGUGUUACCAGAACUGCUGUUCCAGAAUAACCAGGCUCUGUCGAGACUGGACCUGAGCGAGAAUGCCAUCCAGGCCAUCCCCAGGAAAGCUUUUCGUGGAGCUACAGACCUCAAAAAUCUACAGCUGGACAAGAACCAGAUCAGCUGCAUCGAGGAAGGGGCCUUCCGGGCUCUGCGGGGGCUGGAGGUGCUGACCCUGAACAACAACAACAUCACCACCAUUCCUGUGUCCAGCUUCAACCACAUGCCCAAGCUCCGGACCUUCCGCUUGCACUCCAACCACCUGUUCUGUGACUGCCACCUGGCCUGGCUCUCGCAGUGGCUGAGGCAGCGGCCAACCAUCGGGCUCUUCACCCAGUGCUCUGGCCCCGCCAGCCUGCGUGGCCUCAACGUGGCCGAGGUCCAGAAGAGCGAGUUCAGCUGCUCAGGCCAGGGGGAGGCAGGGCGCAUGCCCACCUGUACCCUCUCCUCUGGCUCCUGCCCGGCCAUGUGUACCUGCAGCAACGGCAUUGUGGACUGUCGUGGCAAAGGCCUCACUGCCAUCCCUGCCAACCUGCCUGAGACCAUGACGGAGAUCCGCCUGGAGCUCAAUGGUAUCAAGUCCAUCCCCCCGGGAGCCUUCUCUCCCUACAGAAAGCUGCGGAGGAUAGACCUGAGCAACAACCAGAUUGCAGAGAUCGCUCCUGACGCCUUCCAGGGCCUCCGCUCCCUGAACUCACUGGUUCUCUAUGGGAACAAGAUCACAGACCUCCCCCGAGGUGUGUUUGGAGGCCUGUACACCCUACAGCUCCUCCUCCUGAAUGCCAACAAGAUCAACUGUAUCCGGCCUGAUGCCUUCCAGGACCUGCAGAAUCUCUCACUGCUCUCCCUGUAUGACAACAAGAUCCAGAGUCUUGCCAAAGGGACCUUCACCUCCCUGCGGGCCAUUCAGACACUGCAUCUGGCCCAGAACCCUUUCAUCUGUGACUGUAACCUCAAGUGGCUGGCUGACUUUCUGCGCACAAAUCCCAUCGAGACGAGCGGGGCCCGCUGUGCCAGCCCCCGGCGCCUCGCCAAUAAGCGCAUUGGGCAGAUCAAGAGCAAGAAGUUCCGGUGCUCAGCCAAAGAGCAGUACUUCAUUCCAGGCACUGAGGAUUACCACCUGAACAGCGAGUGCAACAGCGAUGUCGUCUGUCCCCACAAGUGCCGCUGUGAAGCCAGCGUGGUGGAGUGCUCCAGCCUGAAGCUCACCAAGAUCCCUGAGCGCAUCCCUCAGUCCACGGCCGAGCUACGAUUGAACAACAAUGAGAUUUCCAUCCUGGAGGCCACUGGGAUGUUUAAAAAACUUACACAUCUGAAGAAAAUAAACCUGAGCAACAACAAGCUAUCAGAAAUUGAAGACGGGGCCUUCGAGGGUGCAGCCUCCGUGAGCGAGCUGCAUCUGACAGCCAACCAGCUAGAGUCCAUCCGGAGUGGCAUGUUCCGGGGGCUGGACGGCUUGAGGACCCUGAUGCUGCGGAACAACCGCAUCAGCUGUGUCCACAACGAGAGCUUCACGGGGCUGCGCAACGUCCGACUCCUCUCACUCUAUGACAACCAGAUCACCACCGUCUCCCCGGGGGCCUUUGACACCCUCCAGUCCCUCUCCACACUAAACCUCCUGGCCAACCCUUUCAACUGCAAUUGCCAGCUGGCCUGGCUGGGUGACUGGCUGCGGAAACGCAAGAUCGUGACAGGGAACCCACGAUGCCAGAACCCAGACUUCCUGCGGCAGAUCCCGCUGCAGGACGUGGCCUUCCCCGACUUCAGGUGUGAGGAAGGCCAGGAGGAGGUGGGCUGCCUGCCCCGCCCGCAGUGUCCCCAGGAGUGCUCCUGCCUGGACACGGUGGUCCGAUGCAGCAACAAGCACCUCCAGGCCCUGCCCAAGGGCAUCCCCAAGAAUGUCACAGAACUCUAUCUGGACGGGAACCAGUUCACUCUGGUUCCAGGACAGCUAUCCACCUUCAAGUACCUGCAGCUUGUGGACCUGAGUAACAACAAGAUCAGUUCCUUAAGCAAUUCCUCCUUCACCAACAUGAGCCAGCUGACCACUCUGAUCCUCAGUUACAACGCCCUCCGGUGCAUUCCUCCUCUGGCCUUCCAGGGCCUCCGCUCCCUGCGCCUGUUGUCCCUCCAUGGCAAUGACAUCUCCACCCUCCGAGAGGGCAUCUUCGCUGACGUGACCUCCCUGUCUCACCUGGCCAUUGGUGCCAACCCCCUGUACUGUGACUGCAGCCUCCGCUGGCUGUCUGGCUGGGUCAAGACUGGCUACAAGGAACCAGGCAUUGCCCGCUGUGCAGGACCCCCAGACAUGGAGGGCAAGCUGCUCCUCACCACUCCUGCCAAGAAGUUUGAAUGCCAAGGUCCUCCCACUCUGGCUGUCCAGGCCAAGUGUGAUCCCUGUGUGUCCAGCCCGUGCCAGAACCAGGGCACCUGUCACCAUGACCCCCUCGAGAUAUACAGGUGUGCCUGCCCCAGUGGCUACAAGGGCCGAGGCUGUGAGGUGUCCCUGGACAGUUGUUCUAGUGGCCCGUGUGAAAAUGGUGGGACCUGCCACUCACAGGAGGACGAGGACUCUGGCUUCACGUGUGCCUGUCCCACUGGCUUUGAAGGACCGACCUGUGGGGUGAACACGGAUGAUUGUGUGGAUCACGCCUGUGCCAAUGGGGGUGUCUGUGUGGAUGGCGUGGGCAGUUACACCUGCCAGUGCCCCCUGCAGUAUGAGGGAAGGGCCUGUGAGCAGCUGGUAGACUUGUGUUCCCCGGAUCUGAACCCGUGUCAACACGAGGCCCAGUGUGUGGGCACUCCAGACGGGCCCAGGUGUGAGUGUGCACCAGGUUACGCAGGUGACAACUGCAGUGAGAAUCAGGAUGACUGCAGGGACCAUCGCUGCCAGAAUGGAGCCCAGUGUGUGGAUGAAGUCAACAGCUACUCCUGUCUCUGUGCUGAGGGCUACAGUGGACAGCUCUGUGAGAUCCCUCCCCACCCGCCUGCCCCCAGGAGCCCCUGUGAGGGGACUGAGUGCCAGAAUGGGGCCAUCUGUGUGGACCAGGGCAGCAGGCCCGUGUGCCAGUGCCUCCCAGGCUUUGGUGGCCCCGAGUGUGAGAAGUUGCUCAGUGUCAACUUCGUGGAUCGGGACACUUACCUGCAGUUCACCGACCUGCAGAACUGGCCACGGGCCAACAUCACACUGCAGGUCUCCACGGCAGAAGACAACGGGAUCCUGCUGUACAAUGGGGACAAUGACCACAUUGCAGUUGAGCUGUACCAGGGCCACGUGCGGGUCAGCUAUGACCCAGGAAGCUAUCCCAGCUCUGCCAUCUACAGUGCUGAGACGAUAAAUGAUGGCCAGUUUCACACUGUUGAGCUGGUUGCCUUUGACCAGAUGGUGAAUCUCUCCAUUGAUGGUGGCAGUCCCAUGACCAUGGACAACUUUGGCAAACACUAUACACUCAACAGUGAGGCCCCCCUCUACGUGGGAGGGAUGCCCGUGGACGUGAACUCAGCGGCCUUCCGCCUAUGGCAGAUCCUCAAUGGCACCAGCUUCCAUGGCUGCAUCCGAAAUCUGUACAUCAACAAUGAGCUGCAGGACUUCACCAAGACACAGAUGAAGCCAGGAGUGGUGCCUGGCUGUGAGCCUUGCCGCAAGCUCUAUUGCCUGCAUGGCAUCUGCCAGCCCAAUGCCACCCCAGGGCCCAGAUGCCACUGUGAGGCCGGCUGGGGGGGCCUGCACUGUGACCAGCCAGUCGACGGGCCCUGCCACGGCCACAAGUGUGUCCAUGGGAAAUGUGUGCCUCUUGAUGCGCUCUCCUACAGCUGCCAGUGCCAGGAUGGGUACUCAGGGGCCCUGUGCAACCAGGCUGGGGUACCAGCAGAGCCCUGUGGGGGCCUGCAGUGCCUACACGGCCACUGCCAGGCCUCGGCCACCAAGGGGGCUCACUGUGUGUGUGACCCUGGCUUUUCGGGCGAGCUGUGUGAGCAAGAGUCCGAGUGCCGGGGGGACCCUGUCCGGGACUUUCACCAGGUCCAGAGGGGCUAUGCCAUCUGCCAGACCACACGCCCGCUGUCGUGGGUGGAGUGCCGGGGCUCGUGUCCGGGGCAGGGCUGCUGCCAGGGCCUUCGGCUGAAGCGGAGGAAGUUCACCUUUGAAUGCAGCGAUGGGACCUCUUUUGCUGAAGAGGUGGAGAAGCCCACCAAGUGUGGUUGUGCCCUCUGCGUGUAG